UCUGCUAUAUAUACAUGGAGAGGUAGGUAAUUGUCCUUUGAGGUAUCACAACAGUUGCAUACUAAAAAUCAAUGGAAUUGAUUAACGAGGAAAGUGCUGGUGAGCUGCUUCAAGCUCAAACUCAUGUGUGGAAUCAUAUAUUCAACUUCAUAAACUCCAUGACUCUGAAAUGUGCCGUUCAACUAGGCAUCCCAGAUGUGAUCCAAAGACAUGGCAAACCCAUGACCCUCUCGGAGCUUGUUUCUGCCCUACCGAUCCACCCAUCAAAAGCUCAAUAUGUCCACCGCCUUAUGCGUAUUCUCGUGCACUCCGGUUUCUUUUCCCAGCAAAAUCUCAACCAAGAAGCCUAUUCCCUUACCCAAUCCACUCGUCUCCUCCUCAAGGAUAACCCCUUGAGUAUGAGACCUCUUUUACUUAUGUUGCUCGAUCCAGUUCUGACAAAACCCCAUGAUUGCUUGAGCACUUGGUUCCAAAAUGAUGAAGCCACCGCAUUUAGUGUUGCCCAUGAAAGGACACUUUGGGAGUACGCUGGCCAAGAUCCAAGGCUCAGCAAUCUCUUUAAUGAAGCCAUGGCUAGUGAUAGCAUACUGGCUAGCAAGCUGGUUUUAAGCCAAUGCAAAGGCAUCUUUGAUGGGGUGGAUUCCUUGGUGGAUGUCGGGGGAGGCUCAGGAACCAUGGCCAAGGGCAUCGCAGAAGCAUUUCCGCACAUGGACUGCACUGUGUUUGAUCUCCCGCGUGUGGUUUCUGACUUGCAAGGCAGCAAAAACUUGAAGUAUGUUGGAGGGGAUAUGUUUGAGGCAGUUCCUCCUGCAGAUGUAAUUUUACUCAAGUGGACACUGCAUGACUGGAAUGAUGAAGACUGCGGGAAAAUACUAAAGCAAUGCAAACAUGCAAUUAUGAGUAAGGGCCAGCAGAAAGCUGGGAAGGUGAUAAUCAUAGACAUAGUGAGAGGGAGCCAAAACGGCGACGAGUCAAAUGAAACGCAGCUGCUUUGGGAUCUAGAAAUGAUGGUGACUGUUACUGGCCUAGAAAGAAAUGAAAUGGAGUGGGCUAAGCUCUUCUUUGAUGCAGGUUUCGUCAGCUAUAAGAUACAUAACGUGCUUGGCACAAGAGCUCUCAUUGAGCUUCAUCCUUGAUAAGCUCUUAUUUCGUCUUCUCCUUUUCUUUUCUUUUUUUCUUAAAAUGAUUAUUUUGAUCAUUCAUGAUAUUAGGUAUGGAUUUUAUACCUUGUGUACUAAAGUUUAGCCAUAUAUGAAUUCCACGGAGUUUUAUAUGUA